CCUGGAACUUACCCUCCCUCUGAGACCAGCCUGCGGGGACGCCGGGCUGCGGCGGCGACGUCGGCGGUAGCUGCCUUCGGAGCGCGCUCCAGACUCGUGGUGGUGUCCCGCGGCUGCUGUGUUCGCCGAGGAAGGAGCUGCUGGGCCUCGAGGCUCCCCCGGUCCUCGGUUUAAGUGUAACACCAGCUAUUUACAUCUCCUCCUUCUAAGCAGUAUUAAUGCAGCAAGCCAUAAGCCAUAAUGUGGCAUGCCAUCCUUUUUGAGAGGUGAAUAUUAUUAAAUAAAAAUGGCUGACAGAAGUGGGAAGAUUGUUCCGGGACACAUGUAUAUUGAAGUGGAAUAUGAUUAUGAAUAUGAAGCAAAGGACAGAAAGAUUGUGAUAAAACAAGGGGAGCGGUACAUCUUGGUGAAAAAGACCAAUGAUGACUGGUGGCAAGUCAAACUGGAUGAGAAUUCCAAAGCGUUUUAUGUACCAGCCCAGUACGUUAAGGAGGUCCCCCGCAAAGCUUUGAUGCCACCUGUUAAACAGGCCAUUGGACUGCCAAAUAAUUCCAUGAAAAUGAUACAGAGUCUACAUCUUCAGAGAUCCACAGAAAAUGUGAACAAGUUGCCUGAGCUUUCGAGUUUUGGAAAGCCAUCAUCUGUUCAAGGAACAGGUCUUAUUCGUGAUGCCAAUCAGAAUUUUGGACCCAAUAAUAAUCCAGGUCAGACUCUCAACCUCAGCUUGGACCUGACCCAUAAUAAUGGAAAGUUUAACAAUGACUCACAUUCUCCUAAAGUUUCCAGCCAAAAUAGGACACGCUUAUUUGGUCACUUUCCUGGUCCAGAAUUCUUGGACAUAGAGAAAACUAGCUUCUCUCAGGAACAGUCUUGUGAUUCAGCUGGAGAAAGCUCAGAAAGAGUACAUCAAGAUUCUGAAUCUGGAGAUGAGCUUAGCAGCAGCUCCACUGAACAGAUAAGGGUAAGAUUAAAAAUGGAAUAAUGAAACACACACACCACCUUAGUAAAAAUUAUGCAUUUUUAAUUGAAAUCUUAGUAACUGAGUUAAGACUACAUGGAUUCUAUACUG